AAAAAUUAUAUGAAUAAUAUUUGAGUUUCAAUACAAUGGUUAGGCCUACGAAAGGUGGUAGAAAUAAGCGUCUUGGGCAAAACAAAACCUUGGUUAAACCCUGAACUCAAAGUUGCAUUACAGGAGAGAGAGAGAGAGAGAGAGAGAUGUUUGGGAGGGGAACGGUGUGGUCAGUGUUGAGGCGCGGCAAAGAAGCUUGCGGCGGAUUUCACAAGCUGAGAGGAACGCCUUUCUCUUAUUCUUCUUCUUCAACACCUUUCAAGUUCUUAUCCCCUCCCGUCUCCACCCAUUGCUUUCAUGCUUUCCGAUCCCAACUAAUCCCCAAGGGUCAUCAUGUUCAUGUGCCACAAAUGAGGAACUUUUCUAAGAUGGUCUCUGCUGAACAAAAGGAGGAGGGAUUAAAGCUGCUAGUGAGUGGGGGUUCUCGUGCUCAGAAAUUGGUUGGAAUAUGGCUCUUUGGGUCAGCGGCAUGGGUGUUCAGCAUGGUGGUGCUCGGGGGUUUAACAAGACUCACCCGAUCUGGUCUUUCAAUGACUGAAUGGAAAUUCACCGGUACUCUCCCUCCUUUCUCGGAUGAAGAAUGGUUGCAAGAGUUUGACAAAUAUAAGCAGUCACCUGAGUUCAAGCGUGUUAACAGAGGCAUGAAGAUUGAAGAAUUCAAAUUCAUAUAUUGGAUGGAAUAUGCACAUCGUAUGUGGGGAAGGGCACUAGGAGUUAUGUUUGCUUUGCCAUAUUCAUAUUUUCUUCAUAAGGGGUAUAUUACCUUGAGAUUGGGACUGAGACUCUCUGCUCUGUUUGCCCUGGGUGCUGGGCAGGGUCUCAUUGGUUGGUGGAUGGUCAAAAGUGGUUUAGAGGAACCACCAUCUGAAUAUUCUCAGCCAAGGGUAAGCCCUUAUCGUCUUGCAGCUCAUCUUACAUCAGCAUUUGCUAUUUACUGUGGCCUCUUUUGGACUGCACUUUCUGUUGUUAUGCCUGAACCACCAGCUGAAUCACUAACAUGGGUUCGUGGGGCAGCUAAAGUGAGGAGACUUGCAUUGCCUAUCAGCAUACUUGUUGGUCUUACUGCAGUCUCUGGUGCAUUCGUUGCUGGAAAUGAUGCUGGGCAUGCUUUUAAUACUUUCCCAAAGAUGGGUGAUACAUGGAUACCAGGAGACAUUUUUGAAAUGAAGCCUCUGAUCCGAAAUUUCUUUGAGAAUACGGCAACUGUGCAGCUUGAUCACCGUAUACUUGCAACUGCAACUCUGAUUUCUGUGAGCAUUUUAUGGUGGUCAACAAGAAAGCUGGAGAUACAUCCUGCAGUACGAUCUGUGAUUGGAGGUGCUGUUGGCAUGGCAACUCUUCAGGUCACCUUAGGAAUUUCAACGCUUCUUUCAUAUGUACCUGUUUCACUGGGCACUGCACAUCAGGCUGGAGCCUUGACACUUCUGACAUUUAUGUUACUUCUUAAUCACACGGUUCGAAGACCGUCUUUGUCCCUUCUCAAAUCUCUGCCUCAAGUUGGAAAAGCACACUAAUUGUUUCCCGAUAUUAUAUUGCAUCAAGGAUUAGGCCUUUUAAGUUGACAAAAUCUGUGGCUAUUAUUUUUUCCAUGCUAAAUUUUGCGUUGAGCUCCUUCUCCAAUUUUCCACUGUUGGAAUCUUCUGUAUUUGUUUUGUACAUUUGAAGCAUGAAAAUUCAUGAUGAUGCAACUGUUCUGUUGAUUAUGUAAUGAGCAGAUACAUAUUAUCAGAAAUUAUAACAUGUGAUUGGAUGAAGAGAAUAAAAAAAUUGUAAUUUAACUGAUC